AUGAAGGGAGUUUGGUGGAUUGUCGUGAUUGUGGCAGCGUUGGUGUGCCCAUUAGUAAUACAAAAAACAAAGACACUCCGUUACAACACAGUAACCUUCAACUUUGAAGGUGCUACCGAAGCUAGCUACUCGGCAUUUGUGAAUUCUCUGCGAAAUGAAGUCAAAAGCAAGGUGGUGCAAGGAUUACCAGUGACAGCGAAAACAGUACCAGAUUCCAAACGAUAUGUUUUGGUUGAUCUCAAAAUUGAUAGUCAAAAGUUCAUCACACUAGCAAUAGAUGUCACUAGUAUGUAUGUGGUGGGUUAUCGUGAUAGUUAUGCACAGAAAGAUCGCGCCAAUUUCCUUGCUGAUGCUCCUGAGGUUGCAAAAAAGAAUCUUUUUAAAGAAGCAAAAGAAGUUAGAGUAACUAAAUUUACAGGCAGCUAUCCAGAUCUUGAACGUUAUGCCAAAACUGGAAGAGAGAACAUUGAAUUGGGAGUUUACAAACUAGAGCAAGCCAUCGAGUCGGUCUAUGGGAAAUCGGUCGGGGAGCAGAUUGAGGCUAAAUUUUUCAUUAUUUCCAUCCAAAUGGUUUCAGAGGCAGCAAGAUUCGAAUAUAUACUGAAAAAAGUACUCGAAGGAGGCAUAUACGGAAGUUAUAAACCAGAUCCCAAAGCGAUCUCAUUAGAGACCAGUUGGGAUAAGAUCUCUAAAGCUAUUCAAACUGCUGAUGCUUCAGGAAAGUUUUCCUCACCAAUUAUUUUAAAGGAUGUAGCUGGCAAAACAUGGACAGUUAAUCAAGUGAGUGACAUAGCCAAGGACAUGGGACUUUUGAAGUUCUUGGCGUAG